GAAAAAGCAAGGCGUGGGUAAAACCAAAAAGCUUGUCCCUUUGACCAGCUUUUUCUUUUUCUCUUCCUUUCCAUUCCCACACGCUUCUUAUCUACCCUCCUUCAUCUGGCUCACACCCUUAUGCGAAAAUGCCUUCCUAUGAUGAGAGAAAAGAAGAGCACGUGAAAAAGAUCGAAGCUUGUGUGGAUCUGAAGGUGAUGAUCGAGGAGCUUGACUCAAACUCAAUCGAUGUCCCUUCUGUGUUCAUCUGCCCAAUCUCCCUUGAACCUAUGCAAGACCCCGUGACCCUUUGCACAGGCCAAACCUACGACAGAUCCAACAUCCUCAAAUGGCUCUCCCUCGGCCACAAAACAUGUCCCACAACAAUGCAAGAGCUUUGGGACGACUCCCUCACUCCCAACACCACCCUCUCCCACUUGAUCCUCACAUGGUUCUCUCACAAACACAUGGCCAUGAAGAAGAAGCUCGAGGACGUGCAAGGGAGGGUCUUGCACCUCUUGGACACGCUCAAGAGAGUGAAGGGCCAAGCCAGGGUCAGAGCACUUCAGGAUCUGAGGCACCUCGUUGGCUCUCAUUCCAAUGCAAGGAAAGCACUUGAGGAGAAUGGUGGGGUUGCCUUGGUUUUCUCCUUGUUGGGUCCUUUCACUUCGCAUGCUGUUGGGUCUGAAGCGGUUGGGAUCAUUGUGGGCUUGGAUUUGAGCUAUGAUCAGUUGAAGGGUAGUCUCAUGCAUCCUGCUAAGGUGUCACUUUUGGUUGAUAUUAUGAAUGAGGGAACUAUUGAGACAAAGAUGAACUGUGCCAAGUUGAUUGAGAUGUUGUUGGUGGAAGGGAACAAUGAAGUUCUCCAAAGUUUGAGUCUUUUGGUGGGGUUGUUGAGAUUGGUGAGGGAUAAGAAGCACCCAACUGGGGUUGUCUCAACUGGUCUUGUUCUUCUCAAGGCUAUAGUGUGUUCCCAUGAGUCAGUUAGAAUCUCAGUGAUAAGCCUAGGGGGAAUUCCCUUAUUGAUUGAGCUUUUGCCUAGUUUGAACAAUGAGUGUUUGGAGGUGGCAUUGUACAUUCUAGAGGUUCUGUCAACACUUGAGGAGGGGAGAAUGGCACUUAAGGAAUGUCCAAAUGUUGUUCCCAAUGUGGUCAAGUAUUUGAUGAGAGUCUCAGAGAGGUGCACUCAGUUUGCAUUGUCAAUUUUGUGGGCUAUCUACAAGCUUGCACCUGAAGAGUGUGCCUCACAGGCUGUGGAGGCUGGCUUGGCUGCAAAGCUUCUGCUGGUGAUUCAGAGUGGAUGCAACCCUGUGUUGAAACAAAUGUCUUCUGAGUUUUUGAAAUUGUGCAGUUUGAAUUACUCUACUAGCAUCUUGAUCUCCAAGUGUAUGCUUACCUCAACAAUACAGUGAAAAACACCAGAGCCUUUUGUUUUGUCUAUAGCUUCAUAUGUUGUCAAAUUGUAUUCAUGUUUAUGAGUUUCAGAUUUUUUCCCCCUUUUUCGAACAUUGAGAAAAACUGUAAAUAAAUCCAAGGCUUAUGAUGUAGCUAGUUGGUGAUUCAAAUCUGCAUCCUGGCUGUCUUUGAUGCCAAUCUUGCAACUGACGGAAAUUGGUGGAAGCUGAGUUGUGAGAUUAUAGAAAUUCAUAUUUUAGUGGUCCACUCCAUGCUGUUUUCUCCCUGCAUAGAAUUGGAGUUAUUGAAACUUAUUUUAAUCUGCUUUUAUAACAAACUAUGGAAGAAACAAUUCAAGUUUUUACCUUUUGAA